AUGUCUCACCAGACCUACUCCACCUCCCAAGUCUGCUCCAUGUGUUUCCUAUUGACGCCAAUGAGACGAAAGGCACAUGUCACUAUAUCCAUGGGCAGUGGUGCCCCCAGCAGCAUGAGGUCGAAAUGGAAUGCAGAAAGAGGCAAAGAUGCCAGUCGUGAGGCUGUCCAAUCAUCGAAUGAGGGAUCUGAUUGUGAUGCCCCAGAUAAUCAUGACUCUGAUGAGGUGAUGAAUGAAAAGGGAAGGUAUGCAGUGAGAGAUGAUCCUGCAACUCUGAAAAGAAGGAUGACCAUUCCAACACCUUUUGAGACACCCAUGAUGCCCACCCCCAGUAAGACUUAUGGCCAUCCAAGGGGUCAUCCAAGGGGUCAUGCAUGCGAUGUUACAAGAUCGCAGAACUUCCCCUCACCCAACAAGUGUUUCAAAGCAAUAGUCAUCUCUUUCGAUAAAGAGAAACAGAACUCUGACAAAUCUAAGGUGCGCAGAGAGGAUGAGUCAGCUAUCGACUUCAUACGGAGGCAGAGAGAUAAGAAUCCAAUGUUCAGCCUCAUGGCUAAUCUGAUCGACCAGAGAGAUGAGCUGGACCGUGAAAUUGAGAGGCUUAAAAUGCAUUCACCGUGGAAGAAGCAAUCUGUGAAUGACUUCAUCGAUAUGAGGUGGAGAAAAGUGAUGAAGGUACAGAUGAUGGACGGUGGGCUCAAUGACAAUGAGGCUCUGAGUGAAGAUGACUCGCUGACUGGAUUUAUUGUCGAUGAUGAGAUUGACGGCCUUGUUCAGAAGGCAAUCACACCACAACAGGACACCAAUGCAUGCAUAUCCUCUAGGAAGGUGACGAAACACAACAGCAAAAAUGUCAAGUUACCCUUUGUGGUCGAGGAUGAGCAUCCUACAUCGAAGGGUCACAAGGAUAAGAAAAAAGCUGAAGAGAAAGUUGAUAAUGGUGCUACACUGAAGCCAGUUCUACUCACACAAGCAUUGACCAUCGUGAAAAAUCUGGUGUAUGCUCAAGGUAUCAUGGAGCUGAUGACAACAGCUGAACUGUGGCCUGGGCAGGUCAUGUUCCUGGCUGUGUCCACCCAAACAAGGUCCAAAAUCUUCGUGGAUCACUCUGUUUCUCUCAUUCCAUUACAAAAGGCCAUGUGCAUGACCUUCGGUAUAGCUCAAGUCACCAAAUCGCAUAUGAUUGAGCUUGCACUAGGAUUUUAUGGGAUGCUCUUUAGCCACGACAUCAAAGAUGGGGGUGAAAUGAGCGUUAAGAAUAUUCGCUUCAGCGCAUUUGGGGACAUGUCAUUCAGUACACGCAUGUCUCACACAGAGUCCAAUGAGAUGUCUAGCAGCUACAAUGCCAAGCUGACGGUGUUGCUCGGUGAACACUCCACAUCUCUGAGAAAGGCUGGACCAUCCAUGCACUCUUCGCCAUCUGAGGCGUUGCCUCUUUUUCCUAAGCCGGUUCUGGGUAAUCUCGCCAUUGGUGAUACCGUUCUGGUGUUUGAUGCACCCACUACUUCCAGCGAAGACGAGACGCCUCACCUCCUUUCAACCUCCAAGAUGUGCCCACUACAUGUCUUUGCUCAAGACAGAGCUGCUGAUUGCACGUUGGUAGCGGUUCUGCACAUGGCUAAUGUCUGGAACAGGGCGGAUUGGGGUGAUACUAUGUCGUUCAACAUCUUGAGUGUGCUGUUGUUGCUGUUCCCUAAAUCGUAA